CGGCCCCGCGCCCCGCACGCACGCGCGCGCGCCGGGAAGGAUGAAGAAGAACAAUUCCAGCAAGAGGGGGCCUCAGGAUGGCAGCCACCAGUCUGCAGCGCCUGAGAAGGUCGGCUGGGUCCGGAAAUUCUGUGGAAAAGGGAUCUUCAGGGAGAUUUGGAAAAACCGCUAUGUGGUUCUGAAGGGAGACCAGCUCUACAUCUCUGACAAGGAGGUAAAAGAUGAGAAAAAUAUUCAAGAGGUGUUUGACCUGAGUGACUAUGAGAAGUGUGAAGAGCUCCGCAAGUCCAAGAGCAGGAGCAAGAAAAACCACAGCAAGUUCACUCUCGCUCACUCCAAACAGCCCGGCAACAUGGCACCCAACCUGAUCUUCCUGGCAGUGAGUCCCGAAGAGAAGGAGUCGUGGAUCAGUGCCCUCAACUCUGCCAUCACCAGGGCUAAGAACCGCAUCUUGGAUGAGGUCACCGUUGAGGAGGACAGCUAUCUUGCCCACCCUACUCGAGACAGAGCAAAAAUUCAGCACUCCCGCCGCCCCCCAACUCGGGGACACCUCAUGGCCGUGGCUUCCACCUCUACCUCAGAUGGGAUGCUGACCUUGGACCUGAUCCAAGAAGAAGACCCUUCUCCCGAGGAGCCCACCUCAUGUGCCGAGAGCUUUCGGGUGGACCUGGACAAGUCUGUGGCCCAGCUGGCCAGCAGUCGACGGAGAGCAGACUCCGACCGGAUCCAGCCCUCCUCCUACAGGGCAAGCAACCUCUCUCGACCUUGGGAAAAGCCAGACAAAGGGGCCACCUACACCCCCCAGGCACCCAAGAAGCUGAACCCCACAGAGAAAAGCCGCUGCGCCUCCCUGGAGGAGAUCCUGUCCCAGAGGGACACCGCCCCAGCCCGCCCCCUCCAGCUGCGAGCAGAGGACGCCCCCGCCCCCCUCGCACCCCAGCCCCCGGGGCAGCUGUCCAGGAUCCAGGACCUGGUAGCAAGGAAACUGGAGAAGACUCAGGAGCUGCUGGCGGAGGUUCAGGGACUGGGAGAUGGCAAGCGGAAGGCCAAGGACCCCCCCCAGUCUCCACCCGAUUCUGAGUCCGAGCAGCUGCUGCUGGAGACCGAGCGGCUGCUGGGAGAGGCGUCCUCGAACUGGAGCCAGGCCAAAAGGGUGCUGCAGGAAAUCAGGGAGCUGAGGGACCUGUACAGACAGAUGGACCUGCAGACGCCUGACUCACACCUCACACAGACCGCCCAGCACAGUCAGUACCGGAAGAGCCUGAUGUGAAGCCGGGGGUCAGUGGGGAGGGGGCAGAACUUGUGAGGGGGCAUAGACUCUUCUCUCCAAGUGUUGCAGGACGA